UCUCUAUACAUGAUAUUCAAGAUGGCUGCUGCUCGUUCACUGAACUGUGGUGCACCUAUUUCAAGCGUUUGCUGCUUUGUCGAUGGAGUAUUAGCGAACAACGGCAUCAAACAUUUAGCUGCCAGAGGAAUUUCUACUACUUCAGUUUUCAUGAAAAACACCCCACGUACUGUUGGUGUUCCUGCAUGGGCUAAAGCAGCACAGAGACGAAGAAGAAGCCUCAUAAAACUAGACAAACCAAAAACAGUUGAACAGAUUGAAGCAGAAUACAGGCUGUCUAAUGAAACUAAUAAACUUGACUUCUUCACAACUACAAAAAAUUCAAGGCCACAAUUUAGUGAAGUUGAAAAUGAAGACGAGAAACCACAAAUAUCUCUGACAAGGAAUAAAACAGCAUUUGUGUGCUAUCAUCCACCAAGAAAAGAUCCAAAUGCUCUGCUCUUCUCAAAAGAAGCAUUUGAAAGACCCUGGUGGCAUCUUACACAAGAUGAAGUAAAGGAUUUCAAAGAUAGUUUAGAUCCUGAAGAGGCCAAAGAAGUUAAAGAGUUAAGGCAAAAAGAUCCAAAGAUAUGGACUGUUAAUUCUCUCAGUCGCUUAUUUAAAGUAAAGCCAUUAGCCAUAGUGAAAAUUGCACCACUAACUGAUGAACAAAAAUAUGAAAUUGAAAUUGAAAGAAAACUUCUGAAACAGUGGUCUGACUACAAAAGAAAAGAAUACAGAGCUAACCAAGAGCUGGAGAGACAAAGAUAUAUUCAAGAGACAAGAGGCGAAGCUAUGAAUCUUGCCCUCGGUAUCAAGGCAUAAUAUCCUAAGUGCUCAAAAUAAAGUGUGAAGUAAUACCAUUCAAAGAGAAUAAAGAAAAUGACCCAUUUCAAUCUAUAA